AAAAAUCUGCAUAACGUAUCUGGAACCAUCGGUACUCAUAGCUCGACGUUUCUAUUGUAUUAUAAAUCAAUUGAUUAAAGACAUGACUGAUAGUGAACAACUCUCAUCAGUUGUUUCUUACGGGUCUGAAGAAGAAAAUAGGCCUACUAGAAUUCCUGGUCCAUCUUCUCAAUGACAGAAGCGAUUGAAAACUGAGCAUAUUGAGAUACUUAGCACACAAGAAGAGCUACAAAAAGUACUACAUGAGAAAGUUGGUAUAUUACACGUCAAGAUGGAUCAACUGAUUAAAGAUAAGGUUGAUGGUAAACAACCCUCAUCAAAUGUUUAUUAUGGGUCUGAAGAAGAAGAUGAGCCUAUGUCUACUAGAGUUUUUGAUCCAUCUAUUCAACGACAGAAAUCAUUAAAAACAACCAAGUGUACUAAGAUACCUGACAUACAAAAAGAGCUACAAAAAUUAAUAUCUAAGAAAGUUGUUGAAUUACAUGUUAAGAUGGAUCAACUACUGAUUAAAAUGGAUAAGCUUAUAUUUAAGCCUAGAGUUUCUGAUCUAUCUACUCUACGACAGAAACCGUUGAAAACAAAUCAAUAUACUGACAAUAAGAUAUCUGACACAGAGAGCUGCUAGAAUUAAUAUAUGAAAAAGUUAAUAAAUUAUUUUUUCUGGUGGAUAAUAUGAACAAACAAGCAAGAAUUGCAGAGCAGAAAUU